CAUCGAAAUAUAAAUAACGAGACAUUAAAAGGACUGACGACUAGAGCGCAGACUCAGUGCGUGUCGUGAAAGCAGACCUCAAACAGGGCUAACAUUUGAUUCAUUUUAUACCCCAUUUAGCGAAGGACAACAAAAUGGCGUUCAGUUCACUCGCCGUGCGAUCACUGAAUCUGAGCCGAAGUACGGCCACAAAGGCGUCGCUUCUGAAACACCUAUCGAAAGCCUAUUCGCCGGUCGCCAUGAAUGCCAUCCGUUGCAUAUCGACGAGCGGUAAACUCCGGGCGUCCGGUGGGGCGGAGGUGUCGACCAUUCUGGAGGAGAGGAUUUUGGGCCAAACGGCGGCCGCCAAUCUCGAUGAGACCGGACGCGUGCUGUCCAUCGGUGACGGUAUCGCUCGAGUCUACGGCCUGAAGAACAUUCAGGCGGAAGAGAUGGUGGAGUUCUCGAGUGGUCUCAAGGGAAUGGCCCUCAACUUAGAGCCCGAUAACGUGGGUAUUGUGGUCUUCGGUAACGACAAACUCAUCAAAGAGGGCGAUAUCGUCAAGAGGACCGGUGCUAUUGUGGACGUUCCCAUCGGUAUUGAGCUGUUGGGCCGAGUGGUGGAUGCGUUGGGAAACGUGAUCGACGGGAAGGGACCGAUUCCCACCACAAAGAGGGCUCGAGUGGGUACGAAAGCGCCCGGAAUUAUACCCCGCGUUAGUGUGAGAGAGCCUAUGCUUACGGGUAUGAAAGCUGUGGACAGUUUGGUGCCCAUCGGUAGAGGACAGCGAGAGUUGAUUAUCGGUGACCGACAGACCGGCAAAACAGCCAUUGCUAUCGACACUAUCAUAAACCAGAAGCGAUUCAACGACGCGGCAGACGAGAAGAAGAAGUUGUAUUGCGUUUACGUCGCCAUCGGACAGAAGAGAUCUACUGUCGCACAGAUCGUCAAACGUCUGACAGAUGCGGACGCCAUGAAGUAUACGAUUGUGGUCUGCGCCACGGCUUCCGAUGCGGCGCCUCUUCAGUAUUUGGCCCCAUAUUCCGGGUGCGCAAUGGGAGAGUUCUUCAGAGACAGUGGCAAACACGCGCUCAUUAUUUAUGAUGAUUUGUCGAAACAAGCCGUCGCUUACCGUCAAAUGUCUCUUUUGUUGCGCCGACCGCCCGGUCGUGAGGCCUAUCCCGGAGACGUCUUCUACCUUCACUCGCGAUUACUCGAACGCGCGGCCAAAAUGAAUGAUAACUUCGGCGGCGGCUCUUUGACAGCACUGCCAGUCAUUGAGACUCAAGCCGGUGACGUCUCUGCGUAUAUUCCAACGAAUGUCAUCUCUAUUACUGACGGACAGAUCUUCUUAGAAACCGAGCUCUUCUACAAAGGCAUUCGUCCGGCCAUUAAUGUGGGUCUGUCUGUGAGUCGUGUGGGUUCUGCCGCUCAGACCAAAGCCAUGAAACAGGUGGCCGGUUCCAUGAAACUAGAGUUGGCUCAGUAUCGAGAAGUGGCCGCUUUCGCUCAGUUCGGUUCAGACUUAGACGCCUCUACACAACAACUGCUUAAUAGAGGCGUGCGUUUGACGGAACUCCUAAAACAAGGCCAAUACGUUCCGAUGCCCAUUGAAGAUCAGGUGGCAGUCAUAUACACCGGAGUUCGUGGAUAUCUGGAUAAAAUGGAUCCGUCGAAGAUUGGAAAGUUCGAGAAGGAGUUCUUAGCGCACGUCAAGACUUCACACAAAGACCUGUUGAGUACGAUCGCCACUGAAGGCCAGAUUAGUGACGCAACUGACGCUAAACUCAAGAAACUGGUGACAGAUUUCAUGACCAGUUUCCAGGCGGCCUAAUGGCCAAUGAGAUGAUUAUAAUUAUUGUAAUUUAAUUGAAAUCUAGUUCUAAAUUAUAGUUUUACUGCAAUUUAUCUCAUCAAUAAUUGCAAUAAUAAAUUCAACACUUGAUUCAAACAUGUUUUACAUUUGGUAGCGAUUAAUAAAUUUUAAUUUGUAAUCAAUUAAAGAAAAUA